GUGGAGGCCACACAAAUCCCCCGAGAGAGAAACAGCAGUAACACCAAUCAGCUCAAAACGAACGACAGCAGCAUCACUAACCAGCCCAAAAAGAGCGAGUCAUUAACGCCUCACAACGAAACCGGUUACUUGUACGACGCUAUCAAAAUGCUUACACAUGGGGCCCGCUCCUUUGUGAAAAUGUUGGAGGAAAUCAACAACAAAAAUUACAAGUCUGUGGCUGAAAUCCUCAGCCGACAUUCGAAUUCUCAAUUUAACUCUGCCGAUUACGACGCCAUGCUACAAACUUGGGUGCAGGUAGCCAAAGGAUCCGAAGAACUCACGGAAGUAUUCCUACAAAGAUUGGCAUCGUUGACAACGCCGAAUAUGUCUGCUGAACACACGAGCACAUUGUUGUCGAGUUUGCGGAUGUAUAUCGAAUCCUACAUAACAGGCGUAUUAGCACGACAGGAAACUCUGUUGCUUACAGCAUUUGAAUUCGUGAACCAAACAAAGUUAACAAUGGAAGAACAUUCUUUACUGGAGAACCUUCUUGGACUCAAUCACGAAAUUCACACACACUCGUUCAAAACAAUGAACAUAUAUGUGAUAUUGAUCGAUCGUUUGGCGGAUGUUUCUCAAAGUUCGCGUUAACGGUAUUUUCAACAAAGUCAAUGGAGCGAACCAAGAAGCGUGUCCGAUGGAUAUUUGAGAGCAACUGAAUUAUUCCUCUAAUAAAUUCUGCAAGUUUGUCAACAAAA